GAACUCAUCUGUGAUUUAAGAGGGCACAUGGAGCAACUUCACCAGGAGAUGGCUGAGCUAAGAAGAUCAAUUAUGAGCUGCAUGGACAUGCAGAUGAAAUUGCAACAAUGGUUUAAUCGGGAAGUUCGUUCGGAUGGAGGGGAGGGGAAGAAUUCAGCAGAUAGGGCACCAUGGAAACGCAGUUGCUGUAUUUGCUAUGAAGUGCAGGUUGACUCACUUUUGUACAGAUGCGGGCACAUGUGCACCUGUCUGAAAUGUGCGCAUGAAUUGCAAUGGAGUGGAGGAAAAUGUCCAAUCUGUCGGGCUCCCAUACUGGAUGUUGUAGCAUACCAGCCAAGUGAACGAGUUCUUGCUUCUGAUGGAGGACCGUCUGCAUUCUUAAUCAACUCUAAUUAAAUUUUUAAAUCAAUGAAGUGCAACACACUUAUUAAUUAACUCCCCAUCGUAUUGUGGAAGUUUAAUUAAUAAAAAGAAAUGGGUUGCUAAUAUCAGUGAGUCUUUAUCUUUGUAAUUAUUUUAUCUAUCUAUCUAUUUAAUUGUUAGAUAUAUAUGUGCACACACACAUACUACCAGCAGUAACAAUUUCCUCAAUGACGAAAUCCGAAGCAACUAGCUAGCUAGUUAGGUCUCAAUGCUACUGUGGAUGUGUUAUUUUUAGAAUUUUUUAUUAAUUUGGUUAAUUUUUCCUUCAUUAUUAUCAUAACAA